AUGGCUGAUACCGAUAAAGUUGUAUCUUCUACAGCGGAGGGAGCAGACAGGCCACCGGGGGCAUGUAGGGCUGAGCCUCUGCUCUGUCAGCUGCUACCGACAUUCUCGGAGGCUUGUAAGUUGGUGGGUAGUCCUUACUCGUGUCUGGUGGUGAAGACACACCGGGAAACACCUCCCCCUGUCCCCCCGCUACCUGAACAAGAAGAGGAGCGGAAUACAGGAGCAGCUGAAUGGAGAGCUUCUCAAAUACAGCCCCAGAUUGGAAGGUGUUCCAGUUGCGUAUGAGAACAUAAAUAUAGUUGGGGAGCUUGCUGAAAUACAUGAUGAUGUAGGCUAUAUUCACCUAAAUAUUCAAGUCGACUUUGUCAUCUUCCAGCCAAGAUAUGGAGAGAAACUUGUGGGUGUUGUCAAUAAAGUGGCCCCAAGUCAUAUUGGCUGUGUGGUUCAUGGUUGCUUUAAUGCCUCUAUACCAAAGCCCUUUAAGAUGCCUAUUGAAGCUUGGCAACAUGUAGGAGUGAAGGUCGGAGAUCACAUGGAGUUUGAAGUUUUCCGAUUAGAUUCAGAUGCUGUGGGUGUCUUUUGUAUCCGUGGCAAGAUGGACAAGCAAAUGGAAACUGAUGCCAUAGAAAGAUUGAAUGAGGCAACCAAGGAACAAAUUCGAGAAGUUUCUUCUGAUAAUGAAAAAGCUGCAGAAGAUGGUACAAACACUGAGCCUAAUGUAAUCCCUGAAGAUACUCCAAAGAAAAAAUCUAAAAAACGUGCCUUUCAGGAAACCGUUCUACAUUCUGUUCCAGGAAAUCCAGAAGGUUUAGGUGAGACCAACACAACCUUGGAAGAAAUUCCUAAGAAAAAAUCCAAAAAGAGAAAACAUCAAGAAGUAAGUUCUCCAGCUGCCUUUGCUGAGGUUGAUGCCCCCAUAGAACAUAUUGCUGCUGAGGAUAGGUCUGAGAAAAGCCAACUGGUUGAUGGUGUUUCUAAAAAAGUACGCAAAAAGAAAAAAACGUCAUGAUCGUUUGCCUAGUGUUGACAUUGACAAUAACUACAUCAAGGUUGAAGAAAUGUGUAUACUGGGCAAUGACAUUGAAACUUUGGUUCCUUCUAGUGAAGAACAGCCUAGAAAGUCAAAGAAAAAGAAACAUAAGGAUAAUUCUGAUCAAGGCCUUACUGAAAUUUCACAGAAUGGCAUAACAGAGUGGCCAUCCUUUACGGAGAACAGUGUGUCGAAUUUGGGCGCUGUAUCUGGAACUGUACUAGAAAACAUGAAAAAGAAGCACAAGAAAAAGCACAAACGAUCUUCUGUCAUUGAGGACUCCGCUCUAGAAUCCACGAAUGGUGGAACAGACUUUGCAUCACAGGAACCUCAGCUGGAAAACCUCACAAUCCAGCAAGAGACCCCAAAGCAGAAGAAGCAUAAAAAGAAACAUCUUGAUAAGGCUGCAAGUGAUGUUGGUGCUUACCUUGCUCUAGACAGAAAUGUUUUGCGUGCUGGCAGCCAUGAGUUUGCGGAACCAAAA